AUGACGGUAUGUAUAAAUAUAUUAUAUUACGCGUUAGGUAUAUAGAAGGUAUUUUUAAAUUUCUACCGUUCUAUUGGCUCAACCUUUAUAAUUAAUAAAAAUGAAUUUUAUUUAAGGCUAGCAAAGAUGAAUUGGAAAUCGUAGCGACAAAUUAUAAUCCCGAAGACCCGGCCGAACAAUUAUUAUUGAUACGCUAUGCCGAUGAAAAAGCCGAGAACAUCGCAAAAAACAUUGUGAAACUGAAAACCGAUUUACACAAUUUACAAAACGUACGUCUCGGCCGAUUAUAGUCGUAGUAUUAUCGUUAAAAUAUAAUAACGUUUGUAUAAGUAAUAUUUGUGUUUGGAUUACGUGAUGUAGAACUGUAAAAAUACGGUUGAAAACGAUUCGGAGAUAAGCAAACUAAAAGAAAAGUUGAAGGAGCUGAUUGAAGAAUACAAGACCGCUAUCAACGAGGUACUUGAAUUGGCCAAAUCGAUUAAUUUCGACGUUGAGGAUCUCGAGUACCGAAAAGUCGACAUCGAUCUACCCGACAAGAUAUCGGGCAAUAAUGUUGCGGGCGGUGAAACCGACCGCAAGAGCACGUUUGACGAUUGCGUAAGAGAUGCGUUUUAAAUAUUUAUUAAGCAUUGGAUUUGUUAUAUUUUUUCAUUUGAUACGAAUGUGUAUAAAAUACAAAGGUAGGUAUUAUGUUAUGAAUAUUCCACCACGUUUUGGUACGGAAUUUCGUAAUAUUAUAAUUGUAGACACUGAGAAAUGACGCGAGGCGAUUAAUACGAACAAUUAACUCCAUCGAUUUGAGUUGAGUAAAUAGAAAAACGUUUAAACAUUUUAAAUACUAAAAACGCUUCAAUUGUUAACGCUAUUUUUUUAAAUUUUAUUUACACAUAUAUAGAGUACCUAUAUGUGUAGUAGUAUAUUCAAUAUUUAUUUUAAGUUUCACUAUCACAUCUAAUCAUAUUAUUAUAUGUUUACCUAUUAUGCACUAGUUAUACACGUCCGAACAUUUUACCGCCUAUUCACAAAGCAGAAUAUUUUUGUGCUAGUUUUUAACAUGUAACUAUCGUGAACAUCAGAAAACCCACGGAGGGAGCUGUAGAAAUAUUUUUCUGAUAAAAACUUAACGCAUGUAAACUGCCGCGAUAGCAACGGAAAUUCAUGGAAUAAAAAAAAAAUAAAAAAAAAAAAUUGAAAUUAUAAUCAUUGGGUGGAUGGCAGAUGGCAGAUUGGAGAUGGCGGUGAUGGAAAUGUGUACGUUAUGUACUCGUAGGACCAUUUGGCCCAUCAAAUCAUAUUUAAAUAUAAUAAUAAUAACACUAUUUAACAAGUUAAAAAACACACGACUCUUUCGGUUCAAAGCUUGAAAUAUUAUUAGCGUGAAAAAUGUUUGUUAUACAAACUUGAAACGAUUUCAGAAUGAAAAACAUCUUUCACACGUUGAACAAUCAUAAUACGUAGGUAGUAUUAAUACGUUAAGACGUACUUGUUGCGAGUUUUAGUUUUUUAUUUUUUAUUAUUGCAUAUUUUAAUGCAAAACGGUUUUGCCCGUAACUGUAAAAAAUUGUUCACUGUGUAACGGUGUACAUUUCGUAAAACAUUUAUUACCUUUAUAAUAUUUCGUUUUAAAAGUAGUUAUAAGCUCAGCGAUAUUUUAUGGCAUCAUAAGUAAUAAGUCUUGUUCGUUUUAAAUUCAAAUUGUAUAACAUAUUUUUUUCUAAUAUAAAAAAAAAUAUUGUAAAUAUUUCACGAACGCUUUUCAAUUUUAAUUUAUCGUAUUUUACGUAUUGAAUUGGACGUCCAUAUGGUGGGGGGGGGUGAUGUUUCUUGUAAAAUAUUAAAACCCGCAAAAUUUUGCUUUUAUCGAGCCUUGACGUGGGUUCCAGUUUGUCUUUCCUUUGAAAAUUACGUUAUAAACGCCCGUGCGCGUAUCUGUAUAUAUAAUCAAACAUGUUUCUCAGGCUAAUAGUAAUCACGAAAUAAAUAAUAUCGGAUAAAAAUAAAUUGUCUGUUUUCUGCAUAAUAAAAAUAUUAAUAUCUAUUUAUCACGAUACUUAAGAAGUAAAUAGGUCCGUGAGCACACGUCUAGAGGGAGGGUUCAUUUUUCUAUGAAUAAUACAAUAUUCCUCCAUAAUGAGUUAAUAAAUGUGCUUAUUUUUUUUAAAUUUUAUUUUCUGUUGAUGAAUUACAUUUCCGUCAAAAAUCCUGCGCCAACCAUUAACACAAGGGGUGAUUGGAUCCCGGAAUUGGUCCCGGGGUCAAAUAAAGUGCAUGCAUUGGUUCCCGAUGAAAGUUACUAAUCGUUAUUCAACCGUUCGAAUUGGUUUCCUUGUGUACGAAUCUUUUAUGUUAUCAUAUUUGUCUAAGCUUAAAAUGCCCGGAGAUUUUAUGAUAAACUUCUCAUUUUGUAACCAAUAUUAUUAUUACGUAUAUUACUGUACAGUAAUAUAAGCAGAACAUAAACAGACUGUUUUUUUUAUUCAUUGAACAACUAAAACAGAUCUAAUAGAAAACUAUAUAAAGCAAAGAAGCAUGCUUAAAUUAAAAUUAAAAAAAAAAAAAAAAAUUACUGAAAAGGAAAAGUUAAUUGAUGAGAAUAUUAAAAAAACGAAAGAUUGCAAAAUAUCAAGUUUGCAUACAAUACAUUAAUCAAUGGAUGUUGUAAAUUCAUACCAAAUUAUUAUUAUUUUUUAAAUAUUAUUUAAAGUAUUCAACUGAUAUAAUUGAUAGCAUUUUAUUUGAUAUUUGAAAAAUGUAUUAUUACAUAGUAUACUUAUUUUAUUGUUAUUAGCAUUCAUAAAUACAUACUCCCGCAGCUUAUUGCUUGUACUUUUAUAAUGUAAACAGACGACUGACUAGCAACACUUUUAACAGUACCUAUGUAUUUUGGACAGAACUAAGUCUGUAUAAAACGUGAAAGAAAUUAUCGUUGGUUAAAUGUAUAAAGUUAAUUUAAUAUAUUAUUAUUAUCAUUAUGAUAGCUCACAGAAACGAAUUCUUAUAUUACCUAUAGACCAUCCGGGAACCGAUUCGGAAAUUGGAAACCAACUUUUAGUCGUUCAGUUCCUCAAUAUACAAGCUAGACUAAAUUUGUUACUAGAAACCGUCCUAGGAACUGGACGACUACGACUACGACUAAUCGGAAAAUAAAGCAUCGGAAUAUCGAAAAUAUUUAUGUUUUGAUUUAUCAAUUUAGCACUUUUGUUGUAAUAUAGUGAAAAUAAUCAUAGAAAAUUGACAUUUUCUUACAAUACUUACUAAUAUUAGCGUUUUCUAGACAUGGUAUAUUUUUUUUUUUAAAAAUAUAAUUCUGGAUAUUUGAAAUUUUCGGUUGUUUUAAAUUUGUUUUGGUUUUAUGUAGAUAAAAAUUUUCAGGCCUAUAAUUGAUCGGAAAUUCAGUAUAAGUGGUGAAAAGACCACCAUUUAAUUGAUAUAAACUUCUGCUGAAAUUCCGAUCGGAAUAGGUCUUUAUUUGCUCCCAUCACCCUCCUACUCAAAUACGAGCCUGUACGUUUUUUUCUGUGCUUAUUCGUGUCGUCUAGUCAUACAAUUUUAUUUGGAGUAAAUAUAUUUUACUUGCACAAUGUAAUUGUUUUAUCAUAAACCAGCAAUCACCUCGGAGGAAUUUAAAUGAAUUUAAUUCUGUUUAUGUUUAAUAAUUUUAUUUUAAAAUUAUUAUUUGUAUUAUUUACUCCCCUACUCCAUAUAUCUUAAAUAAGUAUAUACUUUUGGUUUUUAAAUAGGAACCCUUAUUUUUGAACACGGAUUCAAAUAGACAAUAUUUAUUUGGAAAUAUUGGUAUGCAUAACACUAAUAUUAGAUAUUUCUUCCAUGAGUUAUAAUUAUUUAAAGUUUAGAUUAGAAAAGUGGGGAAGAAAUUUCAAUUUAUCAUUUAAAAUAGAUAUGCUAUUUAUUACCUUUCCCUAUUCCUCCGGUCUAAAAUUUAAAAUGUAUUGUUACAGUUCAGAUUUUUUAACUUAAUGAUUUUUAUUUUUAUUUGUUCUAGGAUGAAGAUCUAUUUGAUCCACUGGUAAUAAUCGACGAUCACUGUACAAAAAAACCGAAAAUUUUCUUUAUAGGCGAUGACAGUAAAAACGGAAAUAAAGCUUGCGAAGUCAGUCAACGAUGAUAGUGUUAUAUUUUGCUUACACAUUGUAUAAGAUUAAGUAACGAAAUGUCCUAUAUUUUAGGACGAAUACGGUUCGAUUUGUUCGUGCACUGACGAAUCGUCGGAGUGCUUAGAAAAUUGUUGUGCAGAUAAUGUCAACAAAGCUUCUAAUCACCAGCUUUGCAAAUCAUCCGGAACCGGAGAAACGGAUUACCAAAAGGAAGCCAUCAGAGACGAUCUAAUGAUCUUGAAAGGGAGAAUGAAACUUCUGCAUCAACAGAAUAGCGAUUUGUUGAGUUCGUUAAAUAGUUCUGUAAUAUCCGAAUAUCGGUACCCGUAUUAUUAUUGUUAUUCAGGUAUAUAAUAAAAAAUUAUUUUCGUUUAGAACCAACGGACUCAAGCUUUAUCAGAUGUUUUACAGAAGAAGGUGAACAUUUCAAUUAUUAACAAAUAUCCAAACAUAAUAUUAUAACAGCUAUACAUAUAUUUUUUAAAAUAAUAAUUUUAAUUUUAGCCGGCGUUCAUGAAAUGUAAAAUGGAUGAUGCAGCGGGCCAUUCAGCAAAUGUCGACAAGGUAUUCUUUGUUAAUAUGCAUUAUUCUAUACAGUACAUUAUUAACUCAGUAUUGUAUAACAAUACAAUUCGUUACAUCUAGAUACACUGAAGUGAUAAUUUCUAGAAUAAUAAUUAACUAGAUGACGAUAAAUGAUCAAUCAAUUUUGUAUACAUACAAAUUAAAAUUAUAAUUUCUUUCAUUGCUUAUCACAAAACGAAUGCUGAAAGCAGGAAUAGCGUAUCAAAUUUAGUAUACAAUUACAAAAACUAUCAAAAAUGUUGCGUGGUCGAUGUAACUUAAUACAUUACUUCAUUACCCGUAUUAAAAUAAAUCACAUAAUAUACCUAUGAUUUCGAUAUAUAUAAAAAUAAUAUAUAAACUAAGACUUGAAAAGAUUUAUCUAGACUAUUCGAUUAUUUAUCUCAGAUAACGGCUCUGACAUAACCUGAUUCUCAUUUAUAUAGAUAAAAAUAUAAAAAUAUAAUUAGCUUUGAAAUGUAUUGUAAACCUUUUAUUAUAUUAUAUUUAUUUAAAACGAAUCAAGGGGGAAACAAAAUAUAAGAGUGCACACUUCAUUCCUUAAACAAAUAUUAUUUUUAGGUUGAGCACACCUAAUUAAUUUCAAGUUUUAAGUUUUCACCUCGGCCGAAGGUCGUUUUCGAAUUAAGAUAUAAAUCUGAUUAUUAAAAUAGAGAUUUAUUGGUAUGGAUGAUAACAAGUAUUUUUUUUUUUUUUAAUGAUCAAGAGCAUAUUUUUUUAAUUAUAUGUUUUAUAAUGGACAAUAAGACAAUUAUUUUAUGUGUUAAUUAAAAAUAAAUCGCAAAUUAAUUAAAAUAAACCGUAAUUCGUACAUAGUGAGACUUGCUUGAAUUUUUUCUGGAUAAGAAAACACUUAUAAUAUUGUGGUUUCCUAAAAAUAUGAGUUUGAUGUACAAUUAAACGAAAUAUAAUUUUAUAGAAAACCGAAACGAACAUGAUGGCCGAAAUAAAGCGAUUGCGAGACGAACUGAAGGAAAUGAAACGCGAUCAGUGCCAAAUAGCGUUAGCUAGAAAAAUAUUGAACGUAGCCGAUUCCCAAUGCGUCGUACGUACACAUUUUUAAUACGUUUCAAACUUAUAUAUUUUGUUAUAUGUUUUUUCAAACGUAACGUCUAAAUAGAAUUGCGUGGGAACGAUUCAGGGCGACGAUAAUAAAACCCAACUGAACAGCCUGCGUGAAGAUUAUAACGAAUUAAUGGCGGACCGAGAGUGAGUAGUAAAUAUGCGACGACGAUCGUAGGCGUCAUUACGGGGUAGCGAGAGGUAGCGACUGUUACCCGGCUAUCUCCAUUGGGGUUGCAAAUUAAGCACUACAUAAUAUCAUCUGCGUACGUAACGCUAUGAGUGAUUUCUAAACAUUUCUAAUUUACUUGCUUCUUUCAACAAUAUAAUACAAUACACUAAUGUAAUAUUAUACUAUCGGUAAUAAUAAAUGUAAACUCGACGGAUUACUUACUUAUAUUUCCAUAUUUAUUUGAUAGAUUUCUAUCCGAUUCUAAUGAAAAAUGUAUUAGGACUUAGCGAUUGCUCCCAAUCACAUCAUUAGAUUACGAACGAAUUAAACAAAUUACUCAAAAUGUUUGUUGCCUCAAUGAUUUCAUUUCAAAUGAUGCCUACGACGACGAUCGCCGUUAGACUGUUUGACAAAAAAACUAUUUAUACAUAUUUCCAGUGCUAAAGUAAACCAAAUAGCAAAUCUACUAAAAAUGUUGGACGAAGCUAAGUACAAAUACAGGUCGUUCGAAGACUCUUUGAUAGUAUCGAAGGCGCAGGUCGUACAGUUAGAAAAACAACUGUUCGAUUUGACCUCCGCGAAAACUAACGUAAUCGCAGACAAUCUAUGAUAACAUUUCCUUAUGCAACAUAACAUUAUUAUUAUUGGGGCUCGGAAGUAAUAGGGUCUAAAAAAGGCAACGUAUGUAUACAAAUAUGCACGAUGAAAUUCUAAAAUAUGCAUUAAAUAAUGUUAAAUAUGCAAAAAAAUGUAAUAAAUAUGCAACAAUUGUUUAGUUUGUUAUUCAAAAACAUAUAAUGUCAUUGUUAAUAUGAAGAUAAAGAUUAAAUAUGAAUAGUGCCGUUGUCGUUAAAUUAAUAAUAGAAUGACGCAGUAAGAAAUAACAAUAAAAAACUACAUUAAAUAAUAUUGACUUAAAAAUUUAAUAUUAUUUAAAAAAAAAUUAGUUAGGAGAGGAAAAAAAAUAAAUAUUUUUAGAAAAUGUUAAAUAUGCAUUAAAAUAUCCGAAAAUCAAUAAAAUUUGCAUUUUUUCUUUUAAAAUUAACGAAAUAUACAAAAUAUGCAUUUGAAAUGUUCAUUUUUUAAACUCUCUAUCGCAUAGAAAGUAUUUCUAGCUUAGUUUGCUAAAAAUUUAGUGCAUACAGAACAUUAUGCAAUUCCUAUAACUUCUGAGCUCUAAAUUUAUCACGAUUUAUGAUUUAUAUUCGCUGGAUAACUUACGGUACAUGUUAUUAGGAUUCCGCAUUGGCAUGUUCGAAUAACAAUUAUUUGCUCGAAAGUUUGAAACAUCGUUUGGAAGUGGCAAAACGAGAAAAAUGUGAAUUUCAGAUGGUGUUAGAUUUUCAUUUGACCGAACUCGAAGAUAAAAAAACUAAAGUCAGUAAUUGCGAUUGUGAUAAUGUGUUUAGGUCAAUUAGACCGUACAUAUUUGUAUAUAUGUAUAUACAUUUUUUCCAAUUAAACAACAGUAAUUUUAACUUUUAGGUAAAACUAGUAGUGUUAAUUUCAGUUUUAAAUUUUUAGUGAUAUUAGGUAUUGUUUUAAAUUUCUAAAAAAAAAAAAAACUUUCUGAGCAAAAUUUGGUGAUCCGUGAUAAAUACAAUAAUGACCCUGUAUGCGAAUAAUUUACCCAUUUUAGUACUUGGAAGAGCUUCAAAACAACCAUAAACUCAAAUGUCGUGUCGAAACUCUUUUGAAGGAAAAGAAUACAAUUUCCCAAGAAUACGAAGCGGAAUUUAAUCGAAUGAACGUAAGAUAUCAUUAUUUUGUAUACUAUUAUUAGUUCGUUACUGAUUAUUUUUUUUUAAAUCUUCCGUACUAACUGAAUAAACUGCUAUUUAGGUAUAUUUUAUUAUUGUAAUAUACUUCAUGUCAAUUAAACCAGGAUUUGAAAACUGAGUCGAACAAAUUAAUGAUAAUAUAUGAUUUUUUUUACGAAAAUCUAUCCAGUAGAUAUACUAUAGUAAUAUAUAAUAUUAUAUAUUUUUAUGAUUUACUGUAUUUCGGGUGACACUUCUUAAUGGAAUUCGAAUGCUUUUUGAACGUAUCGGAGCUUUCAAACUUUAAGUUUUUAAACUUGUAAUAAUAGUAAUAACUCUGCGUGCCAUUACAGGAAGAAAAAGAGAGCAGAGAAAGAAAGAGCAUAAUAUCAUGGAGCUUUAAGAGUUCACCAAAAGAAAAAAAAAACAGUGGCUUUCACUAGUUGAUAAUAUUCAGAAAAGUUUUUGACAAAAAUGUCGUAAUUUGAUUGUAAAUUAUGAUUAUUUUUUAUUACAGUUUAUGAUACUUAUAAAAUAAAAUAUUUAGAAAUUUAAUAUUGACCGGAAAAAUGUGUGAGUUUUGUGUUGAUUGUUGACGAACAGGAGACGCACAUCUUAAUUCAGCGUUGAGAAGUAGAAAGACGAAAUUUAUUUUAACAAAAACGUUCGUUCCAAAAUCAUCUAGAUUUUGAGACGAACAGAUAUUCAAUUUAUUUCAUAUACGAUCAUAAAUAUUUGGAAUUUAUAUCCAGGCAAUUGUCUACAAUGCGUUUUACAUAGCAAGUGUUAAAAAUGUAAACGGUUAAAUAAUAUUUUUGUAAAUUUUAAGGGUGUACCCAACCAUUAACUAGUAGUGACUUUGAAUUUUUAAUGAAAAGUAAAAUGUGAUUACAAUUAUUUUAAAUUUCCUACAGUAGGUAUAAUAUUUUUUACAUACGUAUUAAAAAUUAAUUUAAAUUAAACAUUUUCAUGUUAAAUAUUCCAUGUUUUCAUUACAUAUGUUUUUUGGAAAAAAAUAACAACAUAAAUACUUUAUUACAUUGUUUGACUUGCAUAAAAAAUUCAUGCCCAAAAUUACCCAUAAAUAAUUCUCAACGGCGGACAUUUAAACCACUCAGUUACAAAUUGAAUAAUAAAUUUCAUAGAUAUCGACGGCAUACAAUUUAUAUAAUGUGAUUUAUUUACACGACCGUUAUUAAAGUAAAUUUCGAAAAAUCGUAAGUGUUAUGCAAUUAGAUGAUUUGAAAUUUUCGAAAGGUCGACGCGUUGUUUAAUUUGUAUCAUACGAUACGACGCACUCAUGUAGUUACCACGUAUUACCGGAUAUCUCCUAACUGUACAGAAUAUAGCAUCCGAAAAGUUUCAAUAUAAUAAUUGGAAACUAUAAAAAUAUAAUAUGAUUCCCCUUUUUACUUUUUCGCAAUUCAAUAUUGAAUGUAAAAUCUAAUAAAAUCAUAAUGUGGAACUCGAAAGUCCCUAAUAGCACCCGAAUGGAUAAACGAAUGGGAACUUUUCUUUUUCGUAACGAUUUAAAUACAAUUUUGUUUCCAUAAGUAAUCAUUUUAUAAAUGUUUAGUCUUGAUACAUGCUGAACCGAGAUUAUUUUAACGGUUGUUUUUCCAUCAGGAUAUCAUUUUUGGAGACUGUGCACAUUGUAGUAUAAUAUAAUACCUAUGCUCGAUACAUAAAUCACACGCAGCGACUUAAUAAAUAGAACGUUUUCAAACAAAGUUAUGGUAAUUAAUUGUUAAAUUGCGCGCGUUUCGGGGUGACCCAAAAUCGAAAAUAACAAAAAAAAAAAAAAAAAAUAAUAAUAAUAAUAAAAAUAAAACCGACGACAAAAUACGCGGACUUAAUGCUAUAAAUUAUUAUUUUAGUAACGAGCCUCAAGGCUCAAAUUUAUCGAGUGUAAUAAUUACUCUGCGUGCAAAUUUAACGAAAUAAUUCAUUCAGCUUUUGGCGUUACCUCAUAGUCGUAUAUCCCGUUCGAAAUUAGUCUUUUUCAGAUGUUAAGAGCGGCAAGUGCACAAAGGAUUUUUUUUUUCGUACAUUUAUAUUUUAGUUCAUUCGAUAAUAUAUAUCAAAAAUCAAUGUUUAAGGAAAAACAAUUCGGUUUAGAAAAUCUGGAAAAUAAUGGAAAAAAAAAAAAAAAAAAAAAAUCUAAGCCCGGUUAAACCCGAAACUCGGAACCCACAUUUUUUACUAUACAAAUUAAACCCGAUUUAUCUUUAUUGCUUAUAUAAUACUUUACUACAAUCAUCUUUAUUAUGUUUAGGUAUUUUCGCUCCAUUUCGGUAAUUUUACGGUUCAAGUUUGGGUUUAUAUUUAAAUGUCCGAUUAAAAACUGAUUAAAAUGUCUAAUUAACUGUUUUUUCUAUACUGUAAUACGAAAUAUGGUUAUUGUAAUAUUCUACAGAUCGUAUUCUUAUGUGAUUAUGUGUAGUUAUACCGAAACUAUUACUUAGCUCUAAUUCGGUGAGUUUUCGUGACUAUAUAACCCGUUCCCGGCAUCUAAAUAAUACAAAUUCGGGUUUCAAUUGUCCCCGAAUCCCGUUAAACACAAAACUUGGUUUCGAUCCAAAAUUCGAAAAUAAUUUGAAUAUUAUUGUCUUAUCUAAAAAUCCAUAUUGUGGAAAACAAACAAAUAUAAAUGAUAAAAUAAUAAAAUAUAAAAAAAUAUUAUCAGUAUAUACCUCUGUUCUCUCAAUACAAUCACGGUCACUAAAUUAUUAUUAUUUACGAUAGUAAAAUCCUUCUUAAUUUGAACUAUUGACUUAUGAAAUUUAAUAUUUUUUAGAAUAAGGCACAUAUUUAAAAAAUUGAUUUAAUAAGAAAAAAAUAAGGAAAUGUAAACGCCUAUUAAUUUAGCCAUAUUUUUUGUAUCCAUUGUUAUUCAAGGAACUUUUAAUGACGCGACUUAAAGAAUUUGAAUCGUUACCCGGUAUGCUAGCAUCAACGCAACGAGAUUUAAAAAAAGAAAGAUUCGCAAGAACGGCACUUGAAGACGAACGUGAAGAAUUUUUAAAUGAGAUCAGCGCGUUGGUAAUAACAAAAAAAAAAAAAAUAAUAAUAAUAGUUUUUACUUUAUUGUUUUGUGAUUUUUUUUUUCUAUACGUAAAAACAAUUUUUCUACCAGAAAUCUUGCUCCAAUCAUCGUAAACAUAAACAGCGUGGUUUCCGUUAGAAAAUUUUGUCUAUUAUCGGUGCAUCGGGUAGUAGUUUUUUUUGAAUUUUAUUUUCUUUUCUGAACAACAAGAGAAAUCUAGAAGAAAAAAUCGUCAGCAAAUACAAAAAUAUUUACACAAUAAUUUAACUGUGAUAUGGUUUUUAUGGUUAUCAUAGUGACCUAAAAUUUUAAUCGAGUACUUUUAUAUUUGUAAUAUUUAGACGUAGCACAAUAUUUUCAAAAAAAUCCGGGAAAUAUUUGAAUUUUUCGAUAUUUUCACCCUGCAAAAAUUAUCAACAAUGUUUAUUAUAAAUUGUACUCAGUGAAAAAAAAAAGGGUAGACGUCAUUAUUAAUUGUAAUAAGUGGUUUUAAAUUCAAAUUUGGAAAAGUCGUUAAAAAAAAAAAAAAAAAAAACGAACAAUUUGUAUUUCGAAAUUUAAAUAUGUAUCAUUUAUACUUAUCGAAAAUAUUCAAAUGUGCAACGCUCAGAAUUUUUUUAUUUUAUAAUUAAAAAAAAAUGUACCCCGAAAAACCUUUUCAAUUGACUCAGCAUCACUAUUAUAACAAUUGUCAACUUACUAACUUUUUUUUAAUUUUUUUAACGUUUGUCUAUUUUCGAAUUAUCAGAAAAUUUGUUUGGAAACCGUUCAAGGAAAUACUCCGGAAAAGGACAACACUAGCACAAUAAAUGAUCUCAAAGAACAAAAUACUCAAUUAAAGUAAUUUCAGUAUACAAUUAUAUUAAUUUAGUAAAAAUAAAAUAAAUAACAGAUUGUUUCACAGAAAGCAUAAUUAUUAAAACUGUUUAUUAAAAUUAUUAAAUCCUUAAAAAAUAAAAAUAAAAGUAAAAAUACAAGAAUUCUUUUGUCGUACAAACUUGUAGUUUUCAGAUAUAUUAAAACUUUCUAAACUACCUAUUGUCAGUAUUUUGGUAUUAAUUAUUUUAAAAGACAGUAUUCCGGGACUUUUUUUUUAUAUCAAACUAUUUACUAUGAUUUUUCUAGUCGAAACAUAUACCUAUACAUUUCUCCAUAAUAGCGUACUCUCGCUAAAGAGUUUGUAAAAUAGAUUUAAAAAGUUCGUACGUUUUUUUUUUAAACUUUUUUUUUAUUUAUCGACCAUCAAUAUUAAAACUAACGCGUGGCAUACCGUAUUUUAAAAUGUACAAUUUAAACGAUAAAACAUUAAAUUUAUAACUACUUGCGCAAGUGUUAAAUUUAUAUUAUUAUUGUUUUUUUUAAAGAGCCCAGGUAAAUAUAUUGGAAGACACUAUAGAGGAAAACAAUCGACUCUACAUGGAACGUACGCACUAUUCGUUGCAACUCAAGGAUUAUUUGGACGUUGCCAGAGAGGAAGCGGCUAUGCAAGUAACGAAAAUCAAAGACUUUUCGGAAUGUCAGAAGAAAAAUUACGGCGAAUAUAUACAAGAACUGGAACAGAAGUUGGCCGAGAGUAGAGCGAUGGCGUGUUGCGAAUUUCAAAAACGCGAAGAAGUAAGUAUAAUAUAUGUUAUAACGCGAGAGAAUAUUAUUUUCAAAUAUGAUCAUCAUUUUACGAUCAUUAGAGGAAAUAAUCAUUAAAAAAAAAAAAAAAAAAACAUUUUUAUCAGUUUCAUUUCGGGUUUUAAAUAUUUCGUGUACAUAGGUGGACACUCGUUUAAGAAACCGGAUCGAAAUAUUGACGAACAAUCUAAAAGAAGCCCAAAACAAAAUCGGGGAAUUGAUCAAAAUGAGAGAGAUUUUGGAAUCCCCGUCGGAUAAUAAUAAGUGGUGUUCGAUGCCCGUCAUGUUACAAUCGACUUGUGCGGAUUUAAACAAACCGAAAAUCGCAGAUAUGAUACAAUAA